AUGGAUUCGACACCAUCUAAACCUUACACGUGGAUGAAUGAAGGAUCGUCGUCGAUUUUCGGGGGGAGAGCAAAAUCUGUGUGGAGACGACACGGUACAAUGGGAGACGCCAAGAGAAAGAGCGAGACGGAGAUGGAGAAUGCAGAGAAGAAGAUCGCCAGGGACGAAGCAAGAACCUCUCGUUUCGAAGAGCUACGUGACGAUCUCUUCCGCGAAGCAGCAAAUCUCGUCGCGGAAGAUCCCUCCACUCGAAUCGCGAUCUUAAUCACUCCUCCUGCCUCCGCACCGGACGACUCUAUACAUUCCUUCGGCUAUCCCUCUGUCCAAGGCUUUAAACAUCAAUUAGUCUUUCUUCCAUCUUCCAUUUUCCAUUUUCUCUGUUGUUACGAAAACGCAUGUGUAGUAUAUACAACAGUUUAA